AUGUUGAGAAAAGGAGUUACCGUUGCUGUUGCCGCCCUAUUACUUAUUACCGGCACUGAUGCCCUUGGACUUCAAGCCCACAGCAAGAACUUGGCCAAAUCAAGUGCUUUCCUUAAAUUUGAAGAAACGGAGGAACGGGAGGAAACUAUUCCAAGAAGCAGUAGUGGUGAGGAUUAGUCAUUGACCUAAGAGCAGAGGGAGCUCUACAGAAAUGUUUGUGGCUAUCACAUUGCACAACUCCUUGAGCUCGGCGAAAUUGAAGAGGAUGAAGCUGAUGUUUUGAGACGUCACCUCGAUAGAGCUCUUCAAGCCCUGAUUGACAGUGGUGAUAUCGAAAGGUAUCAUCAGGCACUUGAGAAAUGCUACUAACAACAAGAUGAACAUUCAGGCAACAGGCACUGA